AUGAAUCGAUUAUUCUCUGGAGGAGGAAGACAUUUUUCUCGUGCUGUUAUUUACAGUGCAACAUUAUCAUUUGUUGGAAUUAACUUUUUCACCUUUUCUCAUUAUAUUAAACAUUCCUAUUGGGAUAAUUUACAUACUUCUCCUGCACCAUCAAGUGGACAAUAUAUGCAACCACCUGAAGAAAUUACAAAUUCAAGCAAGGAAGAAAAAUUAUUCUAUACAUUAAAAUCUAAUCAAUCAUCAUCAUCUAAUGGAACGAAAAAAUUAAUCAUCUUCCUUCCUGAUAUUGUUGAAACAAGAGAAGUUUUCCAAGAUUUGGAAUAUCAAAUGUUACAUAAUCCACAAGUUAACGAUCAACAAAUUUAUUCAUUAAGAUAUGAUAGAUUUGGAUAUGGAUAUAGUAAUGUUGUAAAAGGACCAAGACAUUUACAUAAUAUGAGUAUUGAAUUACAUACACUUAUUGAACAUGUUUUAAAGAAUAAUAUUGAAUUGAAUGAAAAUGAAAAACUUGAAAUUUCACUUGUAGGUCAUGGAUUUGGAGCAAUGUUAGCAAGAAUGUAUUUGUAUAAAUUUUCAAAUACUUUUGAAAGUGAAUUUAAAAAUGUCAAAAUUGCAAAGAAUAUAUUAAUUUCACCACUUCAUGAAAGAUUUAUUCAAUUUUCACCAUUCUAUGUGGAUUAUCUUGUUGACUGGAAAUCAAGAGGUUUUAUUAAUAGACUUUUAUCAUUCCACGGUUUUAUGGAAUGGUUAUUUAAAUUUAAUCCAAGAUUUUCUUUAAAGGAUGAAGUUAUUUAUCCAUUUAUGGAAACUAUUGCAGAUGAUGUACCAACAACAACUUGGAAUGUUAAAUAUAAUGGAACUGAAGGAUCAACAGAUUAUGAUGAUGAUCAUUUAAUUUCUAAAGAUGAAGCUAAGAAGAGAUUGGAAUUUCAUAUGAGAAAUGAUAAUUUAUGGAAAACUGUUAGAAAUGAAACAAAUUUAUUCAAGAGAUCAUGUGUACAAUUGAAUGAUUGUCGUAAGAGUGCAGAGCCACACUAUAAACAACAAGAACAAUCAGCAUCAGCAGCAACAGAACAACAACAACCAGAAGAAGCUAACACUACACAACCAAUUAAUACUUCCAAUAUUGAUGUUCUAGUUGUUGAUGUCGAUCAUUCAAGAGAUGACGAACUUGGCAGAAAGGGAGUUAAAGUUUUCUUUGAUAAGAAUAGUGAAUUUUCACAAGUUGAUUAUCUCAACGAUCUUGUUGAAGGAUAUUCUAAUAAGAGUAAGGUUAUUUCACUCAAUAAUUAUAAUCACUACUCUGUAUUGAAUACACCUGCUCUUGCACAAACUGUAAUUAACUUCCUCAAACAAUAA